AUUUAAAAAUGUGGUUUACCUUUUUAAAAAGUAUUUAAAGGUACUUCUUCCUAACUUUUUUCAGCUAGAAUGGAACUUUGCAUUAUUCACUCAGGGCACUUUUUUUUCACAACUCUUUAUUGAUUAAUCAGUUUUGACCAUAUAAAACAUGUAAAACAUACUAAGGGCACUUCCUGGGAAGCAGUCUCCACAGGGGGUAAAGAAGGAAAUCCCAAACUUUACAUGACUACAGGGCCACAUAAUCAUGGGAAAAUCUGAAACUGGGAAAUUUUUUGCCUGAAACUGGGAUAAAGGAGGACCUUUUUGCUGCGAUUGAGCACACAUUUAGCCCUUUUAACCCAUUAUCUCCCGUUUCUUUUGUGCUGUGUGGAAGGGCCCUCAGAUUCAGUCACUAUUUGUCUUGAUCCUGUCUUUAUUCUGAAAAUAAAUUCCGCUUUCCACAUGGCAAAAGAAGUUAUAUUACUAUCCAUUUGCCUCAUCUUAUUUAUUUUAUUUAUUAGCAACAUUUAUAUCCCGCCCUUCUCACCCCAAAGGGGACUCACUGAAUAUUUCAAGAUCUAUGCACAUCUAUUUAAAACAGACAAAGAACUAUUGUCUGCUUGAUUCUCUCAUUGUUCCUUUCCAACCAUGGGAAAGCAAGUUUCAUAAUCUUAUCAAAUGUGUCAAAUCCAGCAUUAUGGUUUCUUAUGAAUCUUCAGGAUGACUAUUGUUUGGGAACAACACUUGCCAUUUUACUAGAUGUGCAGUCGCUUCAGUGAUUCUAAUUAACAGUGCUCCCCAUUUAAAUGGCAACUUCUUAAAACCAGUCUCCACGUUUGCAAAGCACUGUAGCUUCUGCUGAAGUAUGAUUCAGCAAGUGAACACAAAGACCAAGAACAAUCCAAAGACCCAAAACCUCAAUAGCGGAGCAGGCGGAGGAUAACAUGGUACAUGUUACAACGGCUGUAAAGGCGGAAGAAGGCUGCAACAGACUGAGAAGCCACUCUCGUUGUGUUAAUCACAUCACUGCUGAGACCUCUAUCUGUGAAGGUUGUGUGUUGACCGGCCGUGUACCGACCUCCACACAUUAAAAAAAAAAUCACGCACAGGCGUUUUCCAAGAAAUGGAGGACCAUCAUCCUCGAACUACGAGGGAUCGCCUAAAUUUAUUGAGGCAUUUUACAUCUACUCCAAGAAAAAUGUCCUUGGGAUCUUAUGGUGCACCUGAGUGGUACUCCCAUCAUAACAAAUCAGCAGCACCUGAUGAGUCUAAGUCUCGACUUUCAACCAUUCCAGACUACAUGAUUCAUGAAGAAUUUAAGACUGACCAACCAACCAGUUAUGAGCCUAAAAGGGGGCCUUUUGAUUUUGAUAUGAAGAGUGUUUGGCAGAGGGAUGCUGAAGACAAAGAAAACAAAGAGAAAAAAGAGGAAAAUGAAGUACAAAUGGAGAGCUCUCCAGGCAGCACAAAAGAAGAGAUAAAGCUUCCUGCUAUAACACCAAGAUACCCACACAGAACACCACAGCCAAUUGCAACUAAGGAAUUCCAUGGAGGAAACAGGCUUUAUUUCCCUCCAAUGCCUCUUUACAAAAAAAAUGAACCUGUUAACUUCAGCAAACUGAUGAGCAGUGGUUACGGAGAUGACUGGCUUCAGCAGCGUGACGAAUGGGAAAAAAAGAAUUCUCAGCCUAAUGAUUCGCUUCUUCCUCCAAGUGAGUACAACAAGACAAUAGAAAAGAGCCAGAAAGCUAGAAAAAAUACAUUGUCAUACAAAAGAAAACCUAGAUCUCAUUUGGGACUUCAGAUAGGUGCUCAGCCUAAGAAGCCAGUUUUCCACUUCAGAUUCAGAACCAUCCCAGCCAGAAUCGACACAAACAGACAAUGAAACUUCAUAGAAUUGCUACAUAUUCUGUUGCUAUUUCAAAAUAGUUCAGCAUGCAACACACCUUAAGAAGCAAGCUUCAAUAGUUCAAUUUUGAUAUGUUAUAUUAUGCAAUUCCUUACAUGAUAUUUAAAUGAUGGGGUACAUUCACCCUGUUUGUUUAGUAAGUUUGCAACUGACAUGAAUUUGGCCCAGUAAUUGGUUCCAGCAAGCUUUUGGUGUCUAGAUGCUUGUAUCUAUUGUCAUAGUCCUUUGCUGAUAUCUUAAAUUCUCUCUCUUUCUGAUGCCAUUUUUCACCAACUCCUGUCUAGAUUUCAUAACAACCUUGUUUUUAAAAGCUAUUUUGGGUGGUUUAGACUUAUAGUAUCCCUGAAGCCACAGGACCCAGUUAAUAGAGGGAUUUUCAAUGCUAACCGUUAUUUUUAUAUUUCCAAGUCUUGAAUGGGUAAGUAAAAGCAUUCUAGUAAUGUUAUAUUGAAUUUCAAAUAUAUAUUGCAGAAUGUUGGAUUGUAUUGAUAGUUUUCAACAUCAUUCUUAUUUUCUUCUGUUUAUACCUCACAUCAUAUAAGCUUACUUUCUACUUGAAUAAACAUGAUUAGAAAAUA